UCAGCUGUAGUAUGUUUUCUAUUUUUUUAUGUGUGGAAAUUAAUUUCAUUAGAAAACUACAACUUUUAAAGAAAUUUCCUUUUUUAAAGAGUUCAAAAACCUGUAAUACAAUUAUUGGUAUUGUUUUUGUGAAUUAAAAUCACCAAAUUCGUGAUAAAUUGCACAUCGCUAGUAUCGCGUGACUUCAAACCAAAACAUUUGCAAUAACGUGCUAUUUAUAGAUAUUCUGUAGUUGUAUUUGUAACGCUGCAUUUAAUUGAGACACUUUUGCUUCCGUCAACAUUUAGCUGCGGAAAUUGGCACACUCUCUCCAAGGUCAAGGAUGUUUUGCGGCAGCUAAUGAACUUCCCAUCGGGCAAAAACUUGUUCCUAUUAAGUUAAACCAGACAAAUGCAUGAUUUUUGCACUUUUUAGAAAGUUAAGAGCGGAAUUGCAUUUACAUAUGUGAAUGUAAACACAUAGGUAUUUCCGUAACGUGUCUUAAUAAACACGUUAGUAAAUAACCCUCUCAGCUGUUCAACUUUGUUAGUGUAUAGGUGCGCCCUCUCUGUUUUCUCUUUCUCUCGCAAAGCUUUCUAGCUUUUGUUGUUUAGCGUUCGUAGUAGAUUUUAUUUUGUGAUUGCCAGGCAACGAGUUUGGACGCAUUAAUUAUCAUCACAUAGUCUCGUGGAAUUUUUUCGCACAAACCAGAAAAUGUCAUCCGCUGCAGUUCAGCCACCUCCGCCCGUUCCACCACCACCACCAACGGCUGCACCUUCCGCCGGAAAGGGUCUGCACUCCAAGUUGUACAAUGGGAUGAUUGGCGCCGCCGACAAAUUUGUGCCCGCCAAAUUGCGGCCACUGUGGAUGCAUCCAGCUGGUCCCAAGACGAUAUUCUUUUGGGCACCCGUCUUCAAAUGGGGUCUUGUUGCCGCUGGCUUAAGUGAUUUGGCUCGGCCGGCCGAUACUAUCUCCGUAUCUGGAUGUGCCGCCCUGGCAGCUACGGGAAUCAUUUGGUCACGAUACUCGCUGGUGAUCAUACCCAAGAACUACAGCCUUUUCGCCGUGAAUCUCUUCGUGGGCAUCACGCAGGUGGUGCAGCUCGCCAGAGCAUACCACUACCAUCAGGGACAGGAAAAGCUGAAGCAGGAGCAGCCGGCCGUGCAGAAUUAGAUACAUAUCGAAUCGAAUACCGGUGCUGUCCCAUAUAUAUAGACUUUAAUCGAAAUGUUAUGUACAUACAUACAAAUCCAAUCCCACAACGCACAACCUUAACGAAAUGAUGAAGAGGAAGCUGUGUUCGCAGAUCGGGAAUCUGCGUUUUACAAUAUGUUAACCAUUAUUAUUUAUGGUCUAUCGCCUUAUCGACGUGAUUCGUAUUGUUUAAGUUGUAACUGUGGAGGCUUUGAGUAUAGUUUUAUGGAUACGAGAACGAUUGGACAGUUUUUGAUUGUCAACAAAUAAACCAAUAUAUUGUAAGACUGUAGAAAGUAGUUAAA